CAUGUGCAUCACAUCACCGCUAUCUCAUCACCAUCCAUGAACUCGAUGAACGUGCCACCCAUCUCGCCACACACCACACUCCCUCCCCCCUUCUCUUUCCCCUCACUGCUUGUCGAGUUCGAGGGCCUGCCGCAUCGCCCUCGUCAUCACGCCCUCCCGCGCUGCUUUGCCGCCUCGGUCGUCGGCCGCAUGCUGCUGCUGCCCGGCCUUGCGCUUCCUGACGUUCUGUGGCUGCUGCGGCUGAUACUGCUGCUGCUGCUGGAGGGGUGGGGGUGGCUGCUGCGCCUCUGGCUUGGGCGGCUUGGUGGCCUUGGUGACUUUGGCCUUGCUGCUGCGAUUCCUCUGUCAGGCGGCCUUGUCCUUGACGAUGGCUUUCUUGGCCUUUUUCCCCUUCGCCUCCUUGGCCUCCUUGCCUCCCUUGCGCCCUCCCGUGGGCCCCGCGGCCUUCUUGCGGUCGGCGGCCUUCUGGGCGGGCGGUUGCGGCUUGGCGGCCUUGCGGGGCUUCUUCUUGCUUUUGGGCUUGGCCUUCUCGGCGGGUGGCUGGGGAAUGGCGGCAGCGUGAUCGCCGGCCUGUGUGGGUCCGGUAGGGAGCGGCUUCUUGCCCUGCAGCAUGGCCUUGGGCUUGGGCGCCGGCUUGCCGCCCUUGCCUUUGCUCUUGCCCUUGUCGCCGCCCUGCUUGGCGGGCUUGUUCUUGCUGAUCUCUUUCUUGACCUUGGCGAGGUCUGGCUCAGCAAGAAGGCGGGGCGAUCUGCGCUUCUUGCCGCCCGCCUUCUCCUUCUCUGCCCUCUCCUGUGUCUCCACCUUCUCCUCCUUGACCAGCAGCUCGUUCCCAGCCCGCAGCCGUCCCUCCCAUUUGCCUUUCUUGGGCGCCGUGUCCUCCUUCUCCUUGCCCUUCUCGUCCUUGUCCUCACAUCGACCCUUGCGCUUCUUGCCGCCCGCCUUCUUGUUGUCAUCCGCCUUGACGAUGGGCGGGUUGGCAGGGGCGGCGGGCGCGGCAGGGGGAGCAUCCUCGUCAUUCACCACGAUGGCGGGUGGGUCGUUGAUGGGGGGAGGGGGGGCGUCGGCGAGGUCGGGCGGGGAGACGGCGGCGAGGGCAUUGGGCUGCACGUACUCGGCCAUAUACGCCUGCAUAUGACGGAUCGACAAUAGACAGAGACACGCAUGAAUGGGUGGAUGGGUGGAUGGCUGGCUGGCUUCAUGAGGACGGCCACUAGGCUGCUCACCUGGCGGCCAAGGACGAAUUCGAGGGACACUUCCCUGAUGUAGCCCACCUGGUCGUCGUAGACGAACCAUUUGGCUGCAUCAUUCAAGAGAGAGGAUCCACAGGCAGAUCAUCCAUCUGUCCAGAUGCCUGGUCGGAUGGAUGGAUUGCUUACAUUGGCCAUUGGGGAGGGUUUUGCAUUUAUACGUACGAUAGUGGCCCCCAUGCCUCGUCCUGCCCUCAUGCUCAACUACAGCUGCAGUCAGGACAAGACACAGGCACAUUCGGCACAUGUUCACUGUCAAUUUCAGUGCACACGUACACAUGAGUUUGUGCUUCUCCAUCGGUGGUGCGCCCUCCUGCUGAUCGGCAAACGGGCUGAAGUCCAACUCCUCAGGAAGCUGUACGUGUGUCUGAUUCUGGACACACACAGACAGACAGACAGACACGCACCGACGCAAAUGAGAAAGGUGCGUAUGUGUGAGCCUGUGUGUACCUUGCUGAGCCCCGCGAAGCGUUCGAAGUUGACGCUCACAUCGGGCGGCACGGUGGGCAUAGAGAUUUGGACGGUCGCGUUGCACUUCUUGCCACAACAGGCGCAGAAGUACCUGUAUGUACACAUACGACACACAGAUACAGGUGCGUGUCUGUCUAGCAAUACACACGUACUGGUUGUCGCCCUUCAUCUCCUCGGGGGCAAAGAACGACUGCACGCAGGCCAGCCCGUCGAUGCUCGCCCUCCCGCCGUUGCCCCCAUCCGUCAGGUCGACUACGCAGUCCUACAUUUAUACAUGAAAAGAACACAGGGACAGCCAUGUGCACACAAUUCUUAGGCACAUUUUGGCUGCGGGCACUAAGCGUCCUUACCAGCAUCGGCACAUUCAGCGACCAGGUCACUUCCCUGUCUCUGUCGGACUUCGUGCCGCAGUCCCCACACGUGACGGUGGACUUGAGGACACCUGGCAGUCGUUUCAACGUGUGUAUCUCUCCCUCUCCCCCUGUGUGUGUGUCUGUAUGCGGCAUACCUCUGAAGAUAUCCGAGACGGCCGUCCCCGUGUUGGCGUCUCUACUGGCCUGGUCGAGGGUCAUGUCGCGCGGCGCGUCGGUAUUCCUUGUCCUGGCCAGCUCAGUCGCUGCAAUGUACACACAAAGACGCACACGGACACAGGCAUAGACACAGAUGCAGCUUGCACACACGGGUGCGUACACGUACCCGCGACCAGUUCUGAGUGCAGGCCCUCGAGGAGGAACUCCCGGGCCUCUGUGGCGUCUUCCUGGCGGCCAACAACUGCACACGUCUCGCACAUACAUAGACGACAAAAGUGCACGCACGGGUUUUGUAUGUCGACAUGAGCUACGUGCUGUGUGUGUCUCUGGUGGCUCACCGAAGUCAUUCGAAGAGCGAACCAUCGUAGUGUACAUACUCUCCGCCCUCAGCGACACCACAGCACCUUCCUCCUUCUUGCGCCCUUUCUUGGCCUUCUGCCCCCUCUGCCCCUUGCCCUUCUUAUCGGCCAGCUCCAGCUCCCGUGGUGUGGGCAGAUACAUGUGCCUGACCAAACAAGGCAAGAGAAGGGCGAAUGCAUGUAGAGGUAAUCAAAUAGAUAUUUCAUACGAUAGGAGCAGCAGGGUCUCCAAGAGAAGGGACGUCUUGGGGUCUCUGUGCGGCUCGCGAACCAGCGUUCCGGCCGGCCUUUGCGACGCACUCUCUAGGCGGCCUGUGGAUUGAUUAAGUGGAGAGGCAAAGACCAAGACACAAACAAACAAACAAACAAAAAUCCAUCCAUGCAUCCAUCCACGCCUCAAUUGUCCUUGUGGAUGCGUACGCGUGAGCGUGCGGUAGUGGUCUUCGUACCGCUUGAUGAGCUCGGCCUUGUAGGUGACUAGAUAUUCUGCCUCUGAAGACACACACGGGAGGGUACGGGAGGGUAAGAGAGGGACCAACACAGCAGGGAUGUCUGGAUUUCUGCAUAGAUGAUGAUGUAUUGUGCCAAUGUUCACGUUUGAGUAUGUAUUUGGCCAGAGGAGGCACGCGCAGAACCGACUGCAGAGUUGCGCCUGCAAAACAGCCGUUGCCCCCGACAUUCUCCAACAGAACACACGGAAACUGCAAAGAAAGGCACACACAUGGGCAAAUACGAUAUCCGUGUACACAACAAUUGUCCAUUCGUAAGUGCAGCUGACCUCCUUGAGCAGCGUCGCAUCAUAUGGAAGUGGCAACUUGUCGACAGAAUCGAUGACGAGCCGCAGGGCCUUGCCGUCUCCCUCUCCCUCCCUCUUCCCCUCCGGUGACGGCUUCUUGGGCGGCGAAUCGAAAGGCGAAUCGCCGAUAUUCGGUACCCGCACGUUGCCGGGGAGCCCGCCCAGUCCGCCCGGCGGCGGUGGGCAAUUGCAAAACGGGUUGGCAACUAACGGCGGAGGCGUACCCGCCAUGGCUGGCACCAGCUAACGACGAAACUGGUGCUGUAAGUGUUAUCACUUCGCGACUGCUUCGCGAACGCCUCGCAGUGAGUCGGCAACUGUGAG